AACCCCCGGAGUUCAGUUCCUUCGCAGUUCUAAAAUCCUCGUCUCCGGCCAUUUGCGGAGAAGAAGAAAAUGAUGAUCACCGUUUCCAAACGAACAGUUUCCUUAGCCUCCAGGCGAAUAUUGACGGUCUCCUUGCAAACUCUUCUUAACCACUUCCACUCAACAGCAGCUUCAGUCGCCGCCAUAAAUGGUGAGCCUCUUUUUAUUGACAGAUUCAAACCCUUCUCUUCCUUUCUAGGUUCCACCGCAAGUGGUUUCCACACCCAAUCCGGGACGUUGAGUUUCAGUGUAUCGCCGAGCUUGCAGGCGAAGUGUGCCGUCGAGGAUUAUGAUGAGGAGAAGGGAGGAGGUGACGGGCUUGAGAUUUCUAAUCUGGGUAUUGCUCCGGAGAUUGUUUCCUCUUUGAAAGAUAGAGGUAUCACCAAAUUAUUUCCUGUUCAGAGAGCAGUUUUGGAACCGGCAAUGCAAGGAAGGGAUAUGAUUGGACGGGCUAAGACAGGGACGGGCAAAACGCUUGCCUUUGGGAUUCCUAUCAUGGAUAAAAUCAUUAGAUACAAUGCCCAAUAUGGACGUGGUAGAAACCCCUUGUGCUUGGUUUUGGCACCAACAAGAGAACUUGCCAAACAAGUUGAGAAGGAAUUUCAUGAGUCUGCCCCCAACUUGGAUACUAUUUGUGUUUAUGGGGGUACACCAAUUUCCAACCAAAUGAAGCAACUUAACUACGGUGUUGAUAUAGCUGUUGGUACACCUGGACGCAUUAUUGAUUUGCUCAAGAGAGGUGCUCUCAACUUAACAGAAGUUCAAUUUCUUGUUCUUGAUGAAGCUGAUCAGAUGCUUCAAGUUGGAUUUGCUGAGGAUGUUGAAACCUUAUUGGAGAGGCUACCAGUAAAUUGUCAAAGCAUGAUGUUUUCUGCAACAAUGCCUAAUUGGAUCAGGAAUCUUGCCCAGAAACAGUUGAAAAAUCCAUUAACUAUUGAUCUGGUUGGAGAUUCUGAUCAAAAGUUGGUAGAAGGAAUUUCCUUGUAUUCAGUUGCAGCUGAUAUGCAUGGGAAAGCAUCAAUUCUUGGUCCUCUAAUAACAGAGCAUGCAAAAGGAGGAAAGUGUAUUGUUUUCACUCAAACAAAGCGUGAUGCUGAUCGACUGGCACAUGCUAUGGCAAGCAAUUUUAAAUGUGAGGCAUUGCAUGGUGAUAUUUCACAACUCCAGAGAGAGAGAACCCUCUCAGGCUUCCGAGAUGGGCGUUUUAAUAUUUUAGUUGCUACUGAUGUUGCUGCUCGUGGUCUUGACAUACCUAGUGUUGACUUGGUAAUACAUUAUGAGCUUCCAAGUACUUCUGAAACUUUUGUUCACCGAACUGGCCGUGCUGGAAGGAAAGGUAGUGCCAUUCUUAUCUACACCCAGGAGCAGAGUAGGGCUGUUAGGGUUAUUGAGCAAGAAGUUGGAUGCAGAUUUUCUGAGCUUCCUAGGAUUGAGGUUGAAGUUGGGAGCACCUACUUGUUCAAUGAGAUUGGUUUUGGUGGUCGAUUUGGGUCAUAUGGAGGUACACGAGAUCGCAGAUACAAAGAUAUGGGUUUUGUCCAUUCUGUUAGGCAGCAGGAGUAUGGAUUUGGCCGUCCUGGAGGCAACACGGGACCUGAAUUUGGUCGUAAUUUUGGUCAAUUUUCUGAUGAGAUGGGUGGCUUUGCAGGGUGUAGCUCUAGUCGCUUUGGUUCUAAUAAUCGGUCUGGAAACUCUGGUCAAUUUUCAGCUCUUGGUUUCUUGUGUUGUAGUAGAAAACUACCACUGCUUUGAAUGUGAAAUUGAUAAGUCGGUCCAUGGUACGGU